UGUUUCCAAGCUUCAUCACGCAUCAUCAACUAUCCAAUUAUCUGCAAGGCGGUAGAAUCAGCAAGAUUGUAUUAUAUUUUUCUGUAUGUUUAUCAUCAAUAACGACCUUUUUUUUCUAACCUUUCUGUCCAGCUUUUAAUAGACAGUUCAUUCUAUUCGACCAAAUCUUGUAAAUUCUUUUUAUAAAUCCACUUUUGCAUUGCUUCCUACAGUGAGGACCCACUUUUGUUUACCAACUCCAUUUCGAAUUUCCUAGCAAACAAACAGAAGGGCCGUUUCUUCGACACCAAGCUAGUUGUUUCAUAUUUCAUGGCGUGUAGUGAUUCCACUAUUCAAUGCCCCAAUUUCCUUGUUAUUGCUUCUUACUGAUGCAAACAUUUGUCGUUAGAUUCCAUCCUAUUUGAACCAAUCUGCUCAUCUUCUCUUCCAUUAGUGCAGACAACCUUUGCUGCAAUGCCCAUCAGCACAAACAUCAUACAGUCCGCCAUCAACUCGCAAUUUACAUUCCACCAAUUCACAAUCCCAUCAUAUUUCAUCCAACUAAUCCAAACACAUUGCUAGCUAUAUAGACUCUCUAGCUGCAUAAGAUUCUCAGUCCAAUUCUUAACCCUAAGAACUUCACCAAACCUUCCAAAUCUGAAACACCAACAAGCCUUUUUCGUUUGUCCCUUCCAACAUCCAACUGCUUCAUCAAUCGUAAAGUCCUUCCUCUAAACCAAAUAUUUCAAAUCCAAGAGCUCCAUUUUUUGUUGCUUCUGAUCUCAUAGAGAGUCUUCAAAUUCAAAUUUUAACUCUGAUUCAGGAUAUCCCCACGGACGUACCAAAUUUCGAUCUACCAACAGAGUCAUUGAUUCAAAGUCAAUGCCGAUAAAGAAAUUGUUCACCAAACUCAAAUCCAAAUUCAAAACUCUGAUCCUCCCCGAGCACCCCCCUUCUUCCUCUUGGCCUCCAAUUUCCACCACCGCCCCUCCAUUUCCCAACCCCGCCAUUCCCGCCACGCCGUCGUUUCCCAUCCCCAUCACCACUGCUGCUAUUCCUCCUACCACCAUCGUCCCCAUACCCAUCACUCCCUUACCCGUCCCCACCACCACCAUGCGGCCACCGUUCCCGGCCGUUCACUCUCCGGCCCUCCUCGACCCUCCACCGUUCUUCUCGGACGACCUCCGGCAACCACCUCUCCCCACCAAUAGUUUCUGGCAAAAUUUGGUGCUGAAGUUUGGCGACCAGCCGGAAUACAUCCAUCCGUACCUUAUCCGCUCUGCCGGCGGCUCCCUUUCCGUUUGCUACCCGUCUCGUUUUGUCUCGCCUGGCUUCCUAUACCAAAUCUUCAUAGCCGAUCUCACCAUUUCCUCCUCCACCACCCCCACCGGCGGCCACACCAUCUCCGCCUUCGAUGACCUCUCCAUCACCCUCGACUACCCCGGCGGCCUCUCCUUCCCCCUAGUCCGAGGCUCUCCCUUCCUUACCGCCGAGUUCUCCAGUGCCGCCGGCGUAUCCAUCUCUACUAUCCACGCCAUCCUCUCGCUUACUUCCACCCCCGACCUCAGCAAGCACGUGAUAACCCUCAACAACGGCCAGACGUGGCUCAUCUACUCCUCUUCUCCCCUCCGAUUCUCCCAGACCAUCGGGUCUCUCACAGCCGGCAGAUUCUCCGGCGUCCUGCGGAUCGCCUUCCUGCCGGACCCCUCUGCGGAGCCCAUCCUCGAUUUAUUCCGAUCCGCCUACCCCAUAUCGGGCUCCGCCGUCCUCACCAAACCGUUCUCUUUCCAGUACGAAUGGCGCAAGCGCGGCACCGGAGAUCUCCUCCUCCUCGCGCACCCUCUCCACCGCCGCCUCCUACCUCCAUCUGCCACCGUUCUGCCGGCCGUCUGCUACCGUAGCAUCGAUGGCGACCUGGUUGGCGUCGUCGGCGACUCGUGGACUCUGCUUACCAACGCGAUCCCCAUUACGUGGCACUCCAUGUCAGGCGUCUCUGAGUGCGACUCGGUUGAGAUCGCGGCGGCGCUGGCGCAGGAUGUCGCGGCGCUCGACCCAAACCGGAUAAACACGACGUCUACGUACUUCUACGGGAAGGCGAUCGCCCGCGCGGCGCGACUGGCGUUGAUCGCCGAGGAACUGGGAUUACCGGAGCUGAUUCCGGCGGUGCGAGAUUUUCUGAGAGACUCGAUUACGCCGUGGCUGGAGGGAUCGUUCCGGGGAAACGGGUUCCAGUACGACACCAAGUGGGGCGGGAUCACUAGCCAGGUCGGAUCCGCGGAUACCAACGCCGAUUUCGGGUUCGGAGUCUACAAUGACCACCACUACCACUUGGGCUACUUCGUCUACGCUAUGGCCGUGCUGGUGAAGCUGGACCAUGGCUGGGGCCGUCGGUACCGGCCGCAGAUAUACUCCAUUACUGCCGACUACAUGUCGGCGGCGCCGUCAGCCAGCUUCCCCAAGCUGAGGAAUUUCGAUCCGUGGAAGCUGCAUUCUUGGGCUGGAGGGUUGACGGAGUUCGCGGAUGGCCGGAACCAAGAGAGCACCAGCGAGGCCGUCGCCGCCUACUAUGCCGGAGCGCUGCUUGGCCUGGCGUACGGUGAUCCCGGCUUGGUUGCAGUCGGAUCCACAGUUGCUGCCAUGGAGAUCCAGGCAGCACAAACGUGGUGGCACAUUCCGGAAGGUGGGGACAUGUACGAAGAAGAAUUCAGCAAGGGCAACAGAGUGGUUGGUGUUCUAUGGUCAAACAAGAGAGACAGUGGCCUGUGGUUUGCACCGGCAGAGUGGAGGGAAUGCCGGCUCGGCAUCCAAAUGCUGCCAAUCUUGCCAAUUACAGAGGUGUUGUUCAGUAAUACUGAUUUUGUGAAGCAAUUGGUGAACUGGGUCGUGCCUGUUUUGGGCAGGGAUGGUGUUGGUGAAGGGUGGAAGGGAUUUGCAUAUGCCAUGGAGGCUAUCUAUGACAAGAAGAGCGCGCUGCAGAAAAUAAGAACAUUGAAUGGGCAUGAUGAUGGAAAUUCCUUGACCAACUUGCUAUGGUGGGCUUACAGUAGGAGGGAUGGGGAUGACUAUGGGUGGAAGUGCUGUUGGUUUAGCCAUGGCCAUUGAAGGUGCAAGGGUGAAAGAUGAUAUGUCCAUGCAUUUUUCUGUCUGUCGAAAAACAAAGCUUUUCUAUAUUCUUCCAAGGCUUCUUGCAUCUGAAAAUGGCUUUAAUUUAAUUUUUAGCAUUUGGUUGUGGUGUACCUUCUUAUAAAUACUUGAGGAAAUAAAACCAUUACAGGCUCUUUUUUAUGUAUGCCAA